UGUCAAAGAACACCAUUAUCAGAGCACAGACCAGAGUACAGCAGCCAUCAGCUCCGGGUCUCCAGAACUCAGAGUGGAAUACUUGGAAGAUAACAUCAUGACAGUCCAAAUCGUUUUGCCUCUUCUACUGGUUCUCAUGCAGAUUUCACUGGCAGAAUUAUCCUGUUCAUCAUGCAGAGCUUUCAGCCAACCUGUGCAAGCUCAGGUUGAGAAAGAAAUAGCCUUGGAAGUAGCCAAGCAGAAUAUUCUCAGCAAACUUCACUUACAACAGCGUCCAAAUAUCUCACACACAGUGCCCAGAGAGAGCCUGGCACUGGCUUUGCUGCGACUGAAUAUCACACUAGAUGAGGACCACUCAGUACAGCUGCCAACACAGAAUGGUGAAGAGGAUGAAAACUUGGGUAUUGAUCAAAACCAUGAAAUCAUUAGCUUUGCUGAAAUAGAUAAAGAUGGGAAUCUUAACAAAAGGCCUUCAUCCACUAGUCAAGAUAAAGACAGAGAUAAUAACGAAAUCCUUCCAACCUCUACUCAGGAUCUAGAUGGGAAUCUUAACGAAAGGCCUUCAACCGCUAGUCAAGAUAAAGAUGGAGAUAAUAACAAAAUCCUUCCAACCUCUACUCAAGAUCAAGAUGGGAUUCUAAACAAAAAGCUCUCAUCCACUAGUCAAGAUAAAGAUGGAGAUAAUAGCAAAAUCUUUCCAACCUCUACUCAAGAUCAAGAUGGGAUUCUUAACAAAAAGCCUUCAUCCACUAGUCAAGAUAAAGAUGGAGAUAAUAGCAAAAUCAUUCCAACCUCUACUCAAGAUCAAGAUGGGAUUCAUAACGAAAGGCCUUCAUCCACUAGUCAAGAUAAAGAUAGAGAUAAUAGCAAAAUCUUUCCAACCUCUACUCAAGCUCAAGAUGGGAUUCAUAACGAAAGGCCUUCAUCCACUAGUCAAGAUAAAGAUGGAGAUAAUAGCAAAAUCUUUCCAACCUCUACUCAAGAUCAAGAUGGGAUUCAUAACGAAAGGCCUUCAUCCACUAGUCAAGAUAAAGAGGGAGAUAAUAGCAAAAUCUUUCCAACCUCUACUCAAGAUCCUGAACAGCUUCACUCCUACCAGCGUGUAUUAGGGGAAAUUGCUUUACAGCUAGAGAGAAGGAUUCUAUUUUCAAUAUUUCCGGAUCAACCUUUACUUCAUGGAUUUGUGGUCUCUAAUAUAGAGGAGAAGAUUUACCAGGUGACUACCUGCCCCUUGACCAAAUCUGUGGAUGAGGCCAAAAGAUCUGUGUUAUACCAUCGGUAUCAUGAUACCUUAAAAAAGCUAAAAAAACUUGGCUAUGAUAAGACUGUACACCCUUUUUUAGCAGAAUACCUGGUGAACACUUAUGGAUUAUUGAAUGUCCAACCACCCAUUGGAACCAAUGACCGUGCUCCUUAUUCGCAACACCCCGAGGAAUUGCGAAACAUGGUAGCUGCAGUCACGCCAACUGAAAUUUUAAAAGAAGUCUACAUCCUUCUUGAGUGCUUGAUUUAUUUGGCAGAGGAUGCUGGAAAGCCACUUUUUUCCUGGUAGAGACGUGCAUUCCCUCUAAACAACUAAAUGCCACCAAAAUUGCAUGUCAGAUACUUUUAAAUAUCACAUACGUCCCACUCCAAUAACAACCAGUAUUUGUGGGUCCAUCACUAUACACAUAGAAAAUAAAGUGUCAAUAUCUGGUUU